CACAACACUACUACAAUGGCCAACUCAAACCCAAAGCUCCUUGUGACACAAAACCCCUUCUCUGUUUUCCUUUUAACCUUUCUCUUGUUAAUCACCAAUGUCAAAUCAGACUCAUUUUCUUUCAACUUCCCCAAAUUUGACACCGAUACUAAAAGCAUCAUUAUUGAUGGUGAUGCCAACACAACGAAUGGAGUACUACAAUUAACUAAAAAGGACCAACUUGGCAACCCAUCUCCACACAGUUUUGGCCUCUCCUUCUUCUUGGGAGCCAUCCACCUUUCUGAUAAACAAAGUGGUAAAGUCGCUGACUUUACCACCGAGUUUUCCUUUGUUGUGAAUCCAAAAGGUUCACAACUUCAUGGUGACGGUUUCACAUUCUUUAUCGCAUCGUUAGAUUAUGAGUUCCCAGAGAAAUCAUCCGAUGGUGGAUUCCUUGGACUUUUCGAUAAAGAAUCCGCGUUCAAUACCUCCCAAAACUCCAUUGUUGCGGUUGAGUUUGAUAGUUUUAGAAAUGAAUGGGAUCCUCAAAUCGCAGGUAACUCACCUCAUAUAGGAAUCGACAUCAACACGAUUAGGUCUUCAGCUACUGCUCUAUGGCCAAUCGAUCGUGUACCAGAAGGAUCGAUAGGAAAGGCACACAUAAGUUAUAAUCCUGCCUCGAAAAAAUUGACUGCGCUGGUAACUUAUCUAAAUGGUCCUGUCAUAGAGGAAACUGCUGUAUCUUAUACUGUUGAUUUUGCGGCUAUUCUGCCCGAAUAUGUCCUGGUUGGUUUCUCCGGUGCCACAGGUGAACUUGCCGAAACACAUGACAUUCUUUCAUGGUCUUUCACUUCAAAUUUGUAGAGAGCAUCACAUAUGGAAGAAGAAAAUAAAGUGUGUGUUCAAAGGAUAUUACUAUUGCUAAGUUCUUUUAUGUUUCUAUAGUUAUAAUGUUUAUGUUUCCUUAAUAAGGAUGAACUUAAUGGAUGAUAUGAAUAUGUUAUGAUUAUUAAACAAAUUGUACUUCACUAGAUAAAUAAAGUUUAA